CUACCUAUUCAAGACAUGGAUAUCAAAAACUCACCACCCAGCCUUCAUUCUCCUGCCUCCUACAACUGCAGUCAGUCUGUCUUACCCUUGGAGCACGGCCACCUCUACGUCCCUUCCUCCUACGUAGAGAGCCACCAUGAAUACCCCGCCAUGACCUUCUACAGCCCUGCCAUGAUGAAUUACAGCGUCCCCAGCGGUGCCAGUGAGGUGGACCGUGGGCCGGGGCGACAGACCGCAAGUCCAGAUGUGUUGUGGCCGACUCCUGGCCACCUGUCUCCUUUAGCGAUCCGUUGUCAGUCGUCACUUCUGUACCCAGAACCUCAGAAGCCUUCCUGGUGUGAAGUGCGAUCGCUGGAGCACACUUCGCCUGUGAACAGAGAGGCCCUGAAGAGGAAGGUUAGUGGAGACAGUUGCGCCAGCCCCGUGACAAGUUCGAAGAAGGAUGCCCGCUUCUGUGCUGUCUGCAGCGACUACGCGUCGGGAUAUCACUACGGAGUCUGGUCGUGUGAAGGGUGUAAGGCCUUCUUUAAAAGGAGCAUUCAAGGACAUAAUGACUAUAUUUGUCCAGCUACAAAUCAGUGCACCAUAGAUAAGAACCGGCGCAAAAGCUGCCAGGCCUGCCGACUUCGGAAGUGCUAUGAAGUAGGGAUGGUGAAGUGUGGCUCCCGGAGAGAAAGGUGUGGGUACCGCAUAGUGCGGAGACGGAGAAGUUCCGGUGAGCAGCUUCACUGCCCGAGCAGAGCCAGGAAGAAUGGAGGCCCUGUGACGCGUGUCAAGGACGUGCUGCUGAGCGCCCUGAGCCCGGAACAGCUGGUGCUCACCCUGCUGGAGGCAGAACCACCCCACGUGCUGGUGAGCCGCCCCAGCUCGCCCUUCACCGAGACUUCCAUGAUGCUGUCCCUCACCAAGCUGGCCGACAAGGAAUUGGUGCACAUGAUCGGCUGGGCCAAGAAAAUCCCCGGCUUUGUGGAGCUCAGCCUGUUGGACCAAGUGCGGCUCUUGGAGAGCUGCUGGAUGGAGGUGUUAAUGGUGGGGCUCAUAUGGCGCUCGAUCGACCACCCCGGCAAGCUCAUCUUUGCCCCAGACCUCGUGCUGGACAGGGAUGAGGGGAAAUGCGUAGAAGGAAUUCUGGAAAUCUUUGACAUGCUCUUGGCGACAACUUCGAGGUUCCGUGAGCUAAAGCUGCAACACAAGGAGUACCUCUGCGUGAAGGCCAUGGUCCUGCUCAACUCCAGUAUGUGCCCUCUGGCUGCGGCCGCCCAGGAGGCCGAGAGCAGCCGGAAGCUGACUCACCUGCUGAACGCCGUGACCGACGCUUUGGUCUGGGUGAUCGCCAAGAGCGGCAUCUCGGCCCAGCAGCAGUCCGUCCGCCUGGCCAACCUCCUGAUGCUCCUCUCCCACGUCAGGCAUGCCAGUAACAAGGGCAUGGAACACCUGCUCAGCAUGAAGUGCAGAAACGUGGUCCCGGUGUACGACCUGCUGCUGGAGAUGCUGAACGCCCACACGCUGCGCGGGUACAGGCCCUCGGCCACGGGGCCCGGGCCCGGCCCGGCAGAGGACAGGAAGGACGCAGAGGGGCCCCAGAACCCGCAGUGA